ACUUUACAGCUCACGAACUUGGCUUCUAUUAAACUUAAAUUCAAUUUGUGUACCUAGUGAUAGCCUAUGUGCAUUAAAUAAUUACUUAUUCAGUUUCAAAAUAGAUUUAAGCUAAUGAAGGCAUGUGCUGGAUAGUAAUUUUAAACGUUUAUGAUAUUAACAUUUUUCAGAAAAGGAAUGGAUCAAUGAUUCAACCCAGUUUCUGAAAGUUUAUCAUUAGCCUAUAGUAGCCUAAUCAAUUCGUUAUAUUCAUUAUUUUCUAUUUGGAAUAGCAGCAUUUUAAUAAAAUGUGGUCGUGUUUAGUCAUAUCUACUUUAAUUGUUGGCCUCUUCGCUGAAAUAUCUGCACUCUCAUUUGAGACUGAGGAGAUUAUACCUGUACGGCUGACUGGAAGGACCGGUGGACGAGUGGCAAAGAGGAGUGAAGAACAACUCAGCUUCAGACUCACGGCUUUCGGCAGGAAUUUCACACUUAAUUUGACACCGGACAGCUCCUUUAUAUCGCCAGCACUGAAGGUAUAUCGCAUCAAGGUCAAUCCACAAGAAAGACUCGAGUCAACCAGCAACCUGACAGAUAUUUAUAAGUCCUUGAAUCAAACUGAAGAGACUGGAGCAGAAUUAUUAAAAGGUUGUUUUUACACCGGCGCUGUCGACUCCAAUGAGGACUCUAUUGUUUCUGUCAGCUUAUGUCGUGGGAUUUUAGGAUCAUUCAUCACAGAUGGUAAAGAGUAUACAGUCGAACCUAAACUUUUCGGCUUGGGAACAUAUGGAAAGUCAACCGAGCAGCUGCAUGUCAUUAAAAGAAGACGUUUUACAAAGUCCCCGCAGGUUUCUAAACAGCUGUCAGAUAUCAGAGAUGAUAAUCGAAAGUCGAUGAUCCAGAUGCCGUCUAGGCGCAGGCGCUUUGUCUCUACGCCCAGGUUUAUUGAGACUUUGGUGGUCGGUGACGCUUCCCUGACACAUUUCUAUGGAGACGAGAUCAAGCACUACAUGCUGACCUUGAUGUCAGUGGCUGCUCAGAUUUACAAACAUCCCAGCAUUAAGAACUCCAUCAACAUAGUGCUUGUGAAGAUGCUGAUCGUGGAGGACGAAGAGGUUGGACCGUCAGUCUCCAGCAAUGGAGGCGUCGCUCUGCGCAACUUCUGUGCCUGGCAACAACUCUUCAACCCGCCCAGCCACAGGCAUCCGGAGCACUAUGAUACAGCCAUACUUUUUACUAGAGAGGACAUCUGUGGACAUCAGAGUUGUGACACAUUGGGUGUAGCUGAUGUCGGAACCAUGUGUGACACCAAAAGGAGCUGUUCUGUUAUUGAAGACAACGGCCUUCAGGCCGCUUACACGACUGCUCAUGAGCUAGGCCAUGUUUUGAGUAUGCCGCACGAUGACACCAAGAACUGUGAGCAGCUUUUUGGACAUCUAGGCGAGCACCACAUCAUGGCCCCUGUUUUCACUCAGCUCAAUAAGACCUCGCCUUGGUCUCCCUGCAGUGCUUUGUAUGUCACAGAUUUUUUCAACAAUGGAUAUGGAGACUGUUUACUGGACACCCCUGAGACGAUAGUGACCUUACCCACUGAGCUGCCAGGCAUAACUUACAGCCUGGACCGCCAGUGCCAACAGAUAUUUGGAGAGGAGUUUUCGCAUUGUCCCAACACCUCAGCCAGUGAGGUGUGCGUACAGCUCUGGUGCCAGGAAGAAGGGCAGUCUUUGUGCACAACCAGGAACGGGAGCCUUCCCUGGGCGGACGGCACAAGCUGCGGCCCCAACAGGACCUGCCUGAACAGUGUAUGCAUGUCCUCUGAGGAAGUCAUGAGGCCUAAGCCGGCUGUGGAUGGAGGCUGGGGCGAGUGGGGACCAUGGCAACCAUGUUCCAGAUCAUGCGGAGGCGGAGUGAUGUUCUCCUACCGAGAGUGCAGCCGGCCGUCUCCUGAAAACGGUGGAAAAUACUGUGUGGGCCAGAGAGUGAAUUACCAGUCCUGCAACAAACAGGCCUGUGAGAAUAACCAAGGAAAAAGUUUCAGAGAGGAACAGUGUGAGAAGUACAACAAUCCCAAUCACUUCGAUGUGCAUGGAAAUGUGAAGCAGUGGAUACCAAAAUACGCUGGAGUGUCACUACGGGAUAGGUGUAAACUCUUUUGCAGAGCACGAGGCAGCAGUGAAUUCAGAGUAUUUGCAACUAAAGUAAUUGAUGGAACCCCAUGCGGUCCAGAUACCACAUCAUUCUGUGUGCAAGGCCAAUGUAUCAAAGCUGGUUGUGACCUGGAGAUCGAUUCUAAUAAGAAGCUCGACAAAUGCGGCGUGUGUGGUGGGAACGGUCAGAGCUGCAGGAUGAUAUCUGGCUCGUUCAAUAAAGUCGUCCAUGGAUAUAAGGAUAUUGUGACAAUUCCAAGUGGAGCCACUAACAUUAACAUCAAACAGCAGAGCCAUGGAAGUAUACCACACGAUGGCCAUUACUUGGCUGUACGGAGAGAAAAUGGUGAUUAUAUUUUGAAUGGCAACUUCUCGGUCUCCACAGUGGAGCAGUAUAUUCCAGUGCUUGGGGCUGUGCUGAAGUACAGUGGCUCGUCUACCACAUUGGAGAGACUUCAGAGCUUCCGCCAGCUACAGGAACCAAUCACAAUACAGCUGCUCUCCACCGCUGGGGAAUCCAUCCCACCGAAGGUCAAAUACACCUUCUACAUUCCUAAAACCAUGUCUUUCAGCAAACCUAAAGACAAAAAGAUUGCUGGCAAACUAAUCCAUCCCUUCGGGGUGCCACAGUGGGUCUCGGGCGACUGGUCUGAAUGCUCCAAAACUUGUGGUUCAGGGUGGUCCAGGAGAAAUGUGGAAUGUAAAGACAAUGCUGGCUUCUAUUCAAACCAUUGCAAUAAAGAUCUCAGACCUUCUGAUAUCAGGCCCUGUGCAGACCUGCCAUGCCCCAUGUGGCAAAUAGGACCUUGGUCUUCAUGCUCACAAACUUGUGGCCACGGUGAACGCCAGCGUAGGAUGCUCUGCAUUGAUUACACUGGGAAGAUUGUGGAACUGGAGAAUUGUGAUCCUGCCAAGAUGCCUCAAUCAGUAUCUGAAAAGUGUUUCUACCAAGAGUGUUGAGGACAUCAUGCAGGCUUUCAAAUUAUUCAGAGGUGAUAAGACGUUCCUGUGAAACAAUAUACAGAUUAUCGUUUGACCGUGCUUCAAGUUGGAGCAGGAAAUAUUCAGCCUUAGAUGGAAAAAUUGUUGAGCUGUGUGGAGUGAUCUUGGUCAUGAAUGUUGCACGGACUGAUUUUCCAAAUAUAUAUUAAUAACCACUAUUGAAGUUUUAUCCAAUAGAUAUCUACCUCAGCAAGCAAUGCUGUUUCCCUAACUUCUGUCUCCUAUUUGCUUUUUCAGAUCAUUCCAUAUCAAUUAUUUUUCAACAAUACAAAACACACCAAUCAGACUUUUACAUUCAUCUCAGGCUGAAUUUUUAAAAUAAGGACAGAAAUCAUUUAGUUCCAAACAUUCAAAGCUUCUAAUUUGGAAUUUAGAAAUUACAAAAUGGAAUUAUUUUAACUUGUAAUGGGAAAAUGUUACUAGGAACUGUCACUCGCUAAGCCACUAUGAAGGUGCUAUCAUUUUAUAUUGAUUUACUUCGUGAUUUGGUCAAUAAUUAUUGACUUUUACUUUUUUUAUUUAUGGCUUGCAUGUAUCAGAGGCUAUUUUCACUUUCAGAGUUGAAGUGUAGCAAGAACACUUGAUUAAAGCAUGAUCAUAUAAAUCUAUUAGUUCAUGUAUAUUGAAAACUGUAUCAGAGGUACACAGUGGUUGAGCCUAAUUUAUUUUCUGGAACAUUAAUAAUGACAAUUAAGUGUUCGAUCUAGUUUAGGAACUACUUUUAUAAAUUCCUCAACAAACAUAAUGUUUGUGUCCAUUCAGAGGGUUAGACAAUGGUUAUGUAAUUUACCAUUUACUAUCGCUGUUCUUUGUAUUAAACACUGUUUUAUUUCAAAAGUGCACAUAGCAAAUUGUUGUGAAUUGCUACGUGAAUGAAAACAUGGAGUUUUGGAAACAUCAGACCUUCCAGUGUUUUCAUGCUUCAUGAGUAGAUAUGUCUGCUGAAGUUUUGAAAGAGCUGUGUAGUUGAAAAAAAACAAAAAAACAAAAAAAAAAAACAGUACAAAUAGGUUAUGCUCCUUUAAAAUGAUUGUAUAUGAAUGUUAAUAUGGUUCCAGUUGUGUAUAUUUUAUAUAUUAGUCAUAUUAAAAUGCGGCAAAACAUAUUAUCCCUUCAGUGAAGGACUGUACUUUGUUACUUCUUCAUUGUAAUUCUAUUUAUUUUUGUAAAUUUUUAUUGUAUAAAAUUGAUACAAAUUAUGCAAUGUUUUCCAGAUGCUGCUUUCUUUUUGUUUUGUAACUUAUCAAUGAAAUGUCUGAAAAUAAAAAUACCUAAACAUUACAAAAUCA